AGAGCAGAGGGAGAGGAGAGCGACGCUGGUGUCCGUGACCGUCUGCAAGUGUUUGUGAAAGUUUUACCUCUUGUCCAGGAUGUGUUAGUAGUGCGCUGGUUACUCUUAAAUGGCUUAAAACAAAUCCUGUCUAUUUAUAACUCUGGAGACUUUUGUCCUUUCCACUGGCGGCUGAACAAGCUGGGUUUAAGAUGCGUUUUCUUGGCAUUUUGGUGCUCCUGUUGUGCGACUUGUCACUGGGGGCUCCUGUUCCAGUAGAUACCGUCAUAGUACAGGUCCAGCAGCGGGGAGUGGUGGGUGCUCAGCAGGUUGUGGAGCAGGUCCUUCUCAAUGGGGUCUUUCUUAAUCACAAAAGCCAGGAAGUUGACAGCAUCCUCCAGACCAUGUCAGCUGAUGCACUCCUUCCAACUCUUAUCAGUUUCAACCAGACUUCAGCCCUGAGAAACCACACUGUCCUUCGUUCUCGUGAAUGCAUACUUGAGGGGUCUCAGCUGCACUGGGCCGACCGUGUGUUCUAUGAUGGGAAGGUCUAUCUGACUCUGGACCACAACGACACGUGGACAGCCGAUUCACCGGAGGCGCUGGCUUUCAAAGUGUUGUGGGACCUGGAAGAGCAGCACACAAAGAAGGAGAGAACCCACCUUCAGGAGAGGUGCAUCAAGCUGAUGAGAGAAGUCAUGCUUUCGGAUGAGCAAUCAGUUCCAGGGAUCUCUUUGCCUCAGUUCCUGAUGCCGAUCUUGGCGCUUGUAGCUUUUACAGGACUUAUCAUAAUAAGCUUCCUUCUCACCAAAAGGAAGGGUUUGAGGCCCACAGGAGGUGUUGUUGGCUCAAUUAUACAUUACCCGAAAGACAUGACUGAAACAACUGCAGACCUAAAAGGCAACGGUUACAGAACCUUGUACUUCAAAGCUGAUGAACAGGGACACCUUUGAGCUUUCUACUUCUAUGUAACCAAACUUUUGCGACAUCACCAACAACCACCGUAUGUAACACGUGUGGUCUGGUUUCCAGACUGCAUUAUAUUAUGCACUUUAAUGCAUGUAUCGCAUAUUGCAUACUUUUAAUUAAAUUAUUUACUAAGCACCAAGAAAUGUAAACGUGUUCACUGCCUGCAGCAAUGAAGAAGCUACCUUUUGCACAAAAGGCAGAUGGAUGAUAGUUUCUGGACUAAGCUAUUCAAUUAAACAACAUGUUUGGAAAUGUAUAUAAUGAAAAUGUUCUAUUUCAAGCGUGAACAGUAUCUAAUGCACGUUAAGAAAGAGAAUGUCACAAAUUGUCUUACAGUGUAUAUAUUAAGCCCUGCUGAAAUCAAAUGUUUUGUUUUGCCACUGAAUGAACUACUGAAAAUAUGUCCAGUUAUACAAACAGUUGGACCACGCUGUGUUGCUGUUUAGUUUGAGAUAGCAUUCUUAUCGUUCUCAUAUUUCUUUGUGACUCUGUGUAGAUGUUUUUCACUAUGAUUUGCUGAUGGGAAAUCUUAGGAAAAUGUAUAUUAAAGAUAAUUUUAUGAUU